GAAGUAGCCGGCAUCUUCAUUGGCUGAAGACUCCGGCGUUUUGAGGAAGACCGGAAGUGGAGUCAAUGAGAGGUAUCCAGAAAUGGAGAGAAAGAUAAGCAGAAUCUAUCUUGCUUCCAAACCCAGCGUAAUUCAUUUUUUACAAGUGUCUUGGGAGAAAACGCUAGGAUCUGGAUUUGUUAUUACACUUACUGAUGGUCAGUCAGCAUGGAUUGGAACAGUUUCCGAGUCUGAGAUUGGCCGAGAAGCAGACGACAUGGCGAUGGAGAAAGAAAAGUACGUCGAUGAGCUGAGGAAAGCCCUGGUGUCAGGAGCUGGCCCCAUGGACUCAUACCAGUUUGACUUUUCUGAAGAGCACUGUUGUUUCUUCUGUGACAAAAACCUGAAAGAUGUUUCAUUUAGUCUCGGUUCCUUCAACUUAGAGAAAGUUGCAAACCCAGCUGAGGUCAUCAGAGAAAUUAUUUGUUACUGCCUGGACAGCAUCGCAGAAAACAAAGCCAAGAAUGAGCACCUGCAGGAAGCAAAUGAAAGACUCCUGAGAGACUGGAAUGAUGUUCAGGAACGAUUUGAAAAAUGUGUGAGCGCCAAAGAAGGCUUGGAGAUUGAUCUUUACAAGCGGUUUAUUCUGGUGUUGAAUGAGAAGAAAUCAAAGAUCAGAAGCCUACAUAAAUUAUUAAAUGAAGUUCAAGAACUGGAAAAGAGCAUGGAGCAUGAAAGGGAAGCUUCAUCCAGCUGUGAAAUCCCAGCGGCCCGAGAUCCCAUCUAUGAUGAAAGUACCGAUGAGGAAAGUGGAGACAGGUCUGAGACCUCUGUGUCAGCUCCAGGCACUUUGAGCAAAGGAGACUCUGUUUUUUCGAGUCCUGAUGUCACAGAUAUUGCGCCCAGUAGAAAGAGGAGGCAGCACAUGCCCCAGGACCUCGGCACAGAUCCGAAAAUGGCUUUGCAGGGAAAUCAGCUUCAGGAAAAGAAAAAAUCUGUCUCCUUCCCGCUGUCUUGGUUGAAGCCCUCCUAGACUCACCUCCAACACGGCAGCCACCCAAGCUUCCGAGGCAUCACUGGGCACGGGUCUCUCAAUGAGUCCCCACAGUUUUUAGCUGCAGCUCGAAUUGUGAAGUGGCAGGCUGUUAGCAGAACUCAGCUCAUGGAUGUGUGUGGUUCCUACUGCGUUUUAUUCAAAAUUAGGUACCAAUAUUAAUUUAAAAAUAGAGGCUUCAGGCUUCUCUUGAAACUAGGAAAUUACCCCUUCGCAUGACUGCUCUCCAGAGAAGACACUCUCCUCACUACAGCCCCUCUCAUACUCUCUGCACCUUGCGGGCAUUUGAGCACACACUUUUCACACUUGUCCAUUGUACCACUCAUGAGUCCAUAUUCCUGCCAAGGCCAGUGGUCCCUGUGGCCUGGAAUUCCAUCCUUCCUUCCCAUCCCUUUAUCGCAUGCCCCACUUACUUCCGUCAAAGUCCAGGGCAUGUGUUGCUCUCUUCCAAGAACUGGCCCGGCCUCCCUCACUGCAUACCUGCCCCGCCUAA